CCCAAGCCCUUCUAGCCACCAACUCAUUUUGAGAAAAAUUGGUGACCAAGCUUGGGAUUUUCUCUUUCUUUUCUUGUUCUUGAACCCAGAAAUCCCCCCCCCCCUCUGCUGGAAAUUCCAGAUCUGCUCUGCUCCUCCCCUGCAGCCGGCAAGAGCCCCAGCCACCGCCACCCAUUUCCGGCCGGGAACACCGGCAAAGCUUGGGGAUUUCUCCCUAUUUUCUUGUUCUAGAACAGCCACUAAACCAGAAUUUCCAAAUCUGUUCUGCUCUGCGUCGUCCUCUCUUUGCUGUCCGCGAGUUCUGCUAUGUGGGUUUGAGUUUCUGGGCAUUUUUCGGCCGUGAGUUUCCCCUGCAGAUGCCGCCGGCUUCUUCUCCCUGCCAGCUCCGGUUUGCUUGCUGGAAUUCUGGUUUUGAUCGUUCUAUCACCGUAGCACUUGGGUUAGCCUUCUGUUCUGUGUGAGAGAGGUAAGUAAAUUAUGGUAAAGCUCUUCGAUUUCAAAGCAUGUUUUAAUUGUUUUUGAGAUGGUGGCAAGGUUUUAAUUGAUUUUAAAUUGAUUUUACCAGCACUUGAGUGUGAUUAAACUGAAAUGGAAGUUUUGAUGAUUUUAAUGAGAAUUUCAUGGUUUUUUUGGAAAUGAGCAUGAUUGAUUUGAAAGAAGAUUAUUAGUCUUUUGUAUUGAUCUGAGCAUGCCUACUUGAAAUUUAAGUGAUUGUCCUGAUGAUUUGAAAGCGAUUGGUGAAUUAAGAUUUUUCUGUAAACUUCUGCUUGUCUUGUCUCCGAUGUGGUUAUGUUAUUAAUGAUCCUGCUUUGAUGAUUUGAGAUUGAUUGUGAAUUUCGAAAAUUUCUGUAAUCCUACAUGGUUUUAUCUUUGAUAUAGUCAUGAUUUCCUGAUCCCCGCUAGUGGGUGUGUAGCAUCCUUGAUCCCCGCUAGUGGGUGUAACGCUAGCACUCCUGAUCCCCGCUAGUGGGUGUGUAGCAUCCUUGAUCCCCGCUAGUGGGUGUAACGC